AAAACCCUGAACCUCUCUCUCCCACACACUCUCUCAUCCUCCAUUUUCGCCUCUCUCUCUUCUUCAUCUCCUUCCCAAAUGGGCAUUGUUACUGACGACGAAGCGGAGAUCCGUAUAACCGAAUCCCAAGCUGUUUCGAGUUCCGACGAGUGUAAAAUCGUUGCUGAUACUCCCGAUUUUAUUGACGGAUCCUCUCUUGCCGUCAGAACAACCACCGGAGUCCGAAUCUCAGCUCUAUCUUCGGAGCAAAGCCUUGGCGAGACUGAUGUUGGUUGCUCAAAUAAUGAAGAUCCUUCCGGUGUUGUGCCGGCGAUUGCUUUACCGACGGCGAAAGACGAGGUAACUGUUGCUUGUGUGAAUAAAGAGAUUUUAGAAUCUGAUUCAUUUAGGGCGGCGGGUUUAGAGAUCCGUGUUGUGAAAGAGGAGGAACCUGAUUUUUAUGUUGAGAAUAGAGUUGGUGAUAAUAAAGUAGAUGAGAUGAUUAGUGAUUCUAUAGAACAGUCUGUAGUUGAUAUUGUUUCGAGUGCUUCGGGUGGCUAUUGUGAUGUUAAGGUAGAGGUAGUGGAACCUGAACUGUGUGUUGCGAGUCUGGUGGUUGUUAAAGAAGAAGAAAUGGUCGUUGAUUCAAAAACGAAAUCUGUGGCUGAAACGGUUUCUGGUUACGAUUGUGUAAGUGUCAAGGUUAAGGAAGAGCCUGAUUUAGGUACACUAGAGGAGAAACACGAUUCUGUUUAUCCGAGUGUUCUCAGCAAGAAGGAUGAGGUGAUUGGAGUCCAGGAAGGUGAGCCAAGUGAGAUUAAUGGAUUGUUGCAGGAAAAUAAGAAGUUAGAGCAAGAGAAUGGUCUGUUAUCGCCUGGAGAUUCAGCUAAAAGAAGGAAAAUGGAGGUGCAACCAUCUGUUCCAGUUGGUUUCAAAAACUUUAUCCUGGCGCCGACGCCCCUUCGAGUUGUGAAACCAGAGAAUUUGGAUACCCCUGAAGUUAUUGAUCUGGAAUCAAAGAAUCUGAAUAGCAUAGUUAAACAAGAGAGCAGUUAUACUCAUGUGAAGAUGGAACCGGUUGAGGAAAUGAAGGUGGGAACUGUGAUGUUGAGUCCGCAGGUGAAAGACAUGAAAUAUAGCCGUGAGCAGAAACCGCUGUAUGUGAAGAAGGAACCGGUUGAAGCGAGAAAGGUGAAAGUGGAAGAUGGAGAUUUUCCGGUGGAGAAGGAUUGGUAUUUGGUUGGGAGGUCACUUGUCACGGCUACUUCUACAAGCAAAGGAAGGAAAUUAGAAGAUAAUGAGAUUGUGAAUUUCACAUUUUCCUCUGUUCUCAACUGGAAAGUCCCAAAUAUUGUUCGUUUCUCUACUAAAAGAUGUGGAGAGAUUGGUAGGCUUCCGAUGGAGUGGUCUAAUUGGGCUGUGUGCCUUUUGAGAUCUGGUAAGGUCAAAAUGCUUGGAAGAUGUGUAGCGGCACCAGCGAUGCUUACAAUGAUGCAAGAAAUUAUGUUAUAUGUCAGUUUUUACAUUCACAGCUCGAUAUUCACUGAUGUUAGCAAAUCCACUUGGCGGAUUGGUUCUUCCCCAAACGUCGAUUCUACGCUUCAUCCUCUUCUCCAGCUUUUCAAGCACUUGACAAUCAAACCUUACCAAAAGGCGGAGUUUACUCCUGAGGAACUUAACUCUCGUAAACGUUCGCUGAAUUUGGAGAAUGACUUUGACGAAAGAGCAGCAUUGCUGGCCAUAGCGAAAAGAAGAAAAGGUUGUCCACAGUCUCUGGAGCAGAACAAAGAUGAAGAAGAUGCUCCUGAGUCAUAUAUGAAUCGGAUUGUCGGCGCUGUAGAUUCAUAUAACCUAGAGGAAAUGGAAGCUCCAAGUCCACUCACGUGUAACCUGAGACCGUACCAGAAACAAGCCCUCUACUGGAUGUCAGAAUCUGAAAAAGGAAUUGAUGUUGAAAAGGCAGCUGAAACUCUACAUCCUUGCUGGGAGGCUUAUCGAAUAUGUGACGAGAGGGCACCUUCAAUAUAUGUGAACAUCUUCAGUGGUGAAGCAACAAUCCAGUUUCCAACAGCAACACAGAUGGCAAGAGGCGGAAUAUUGGCAGAUGCCAUGGGACUUGGAAAAACUGUGAUGACAAUAGCACUAAUACUUGCACGGCCUGGCCGAGGUAAUCCAGAAAAUGAAGACGAUAUGGCGGCAGAUGUUAAUGCAGAUAAACGCAAGAGGAAGGAAAGCCAUACCGCACUAACAUCUGUGAAGGCAAAAGGAGGCACUCUUAUUAUUUGUCCUAUGGCAUUGUUAAGCCAAUGGAAGAACACUUGA